UAGCGGCCGGCCGGCCGACGUGCGUUGUCGUCGACGGGGGUGGCGUUGCGCUACCGAACCAAUUUCUUAUUUUUCAUUCUCUCUCUCUCUCUUUUUCUCUCAUACACACACAUAUACGUACGCACACACACACACACACAUACAGAGAAAAAGAGACACACACUCUCUUUAUCCACUUUAAUUUCCUUCCUAUUUCCACACGUCCGUCGCACGGUUUCCGUCCCUCACGGUGCGUUCGUUUUUGGCGACGCUGUCAUAUAUCCUUUUUUUCUCUCUGUCAAUCAUCAUCGUCAUCGUCGUUGUCGUCGUCGUCGGGAAGGAAACGUGUGCGCGAUCGGGGCCAACGCAAGAAGGCGUCGUCGUGGCAGCGUUCCUUUCGUUUCUAACGUCCCCGGCGUCGUCCCUAGCGACGACGACGGCGGCGACGGUGACGUCGCGAGGAGGCCCAAUAGGCCCCUCGUCGAUAUCGUUGAGAAAGGCGAAAAGCCAAGGAUGGAGAAGCUCGCCGAGCUUCUAGGCUCGCCUUGGACACCAUCCGAACGCGUACUGUGCGCCGUACUCUGCGCGGGCGUUACCCCAUCGUUGUCGUCGUUGUUAUCGUCGACGUCGACAUCGACGUCGUCGUCGUCGUCGUCGUCGUCGUCGUCGUCGUCGUUGUCGUCGUCGUCGUCGUCGUCGUCGUCGUUGUCGUUGUCGUUGUCGUCGUCAUCCUCGUCAUCGUCGUCGUUAUCGUCGUCCUUCUCGCGUAGAGGAUAUCACUCGUCUCAGCGCCACGAGUGGCAGGCUCUCCUCCGAACGGAGAAGUUCAGCAAGCAUUAACGUUCGAUAAAGAGAUAAGACGGACAUAGAUAGUCGAAUGGUGCAUGUGGAUGGUGCAUGGAUUUCUCUUCUUGAGAUCGUUGCCGUGUGAUAUGGAAGCGUGAGAAGAUACAUAUACGAGAUAUACGAACGUACAUAAAAAAAAGAGAGAGAGAGAGAGAAAGAAAGAAAGAGUGACAAAGAAAGAAAAAGAAAGGAGAAGAAAGCAGAAGAGAAAAAAAGGAUUGUUUUAUUUGGGGGUUGCAUAGUUAUCACCGUAGUUAUCAAAGACUUCGGACGGACAUUUUGGUUGAUGUUGUGGUUGGCGCGGUGAAUUCACGAACGUUCCUAAAGGGGAAAAAAGAAAGAAAAAGAAGAAGAAGAAUAAAAAGAAGAAUUAGAAGAAAAAGAUAAAGAAAAAGAGAAAAAAAAGGACGAAGAAGAGGAAGAAGAAGAAGAAGAAGAAGAAGAAAAAGAGAUAUAUAUGUAGAAGGCCCAAAACUGGCGUCCCAGACUCGCGAGGCGGGCUCCCGCUCGGCAGCUUCCCGCUCCGGUUCACGUUCCGGUUCACGUUCCGCAUCGCGUAGCUCCGGUUCGCGACAUCCCGGAAGCGGGACGAAAACUCGCCGACGUACUACACCACCUUAUUCUUCCUCAGCGACGAUAACUACGACGACAACGACAACGACGACGACGACGACGACGACGACGACGACGACGACGAAAACGGCUCGGAGCAAUGGCGGCUCCCUGUCAAGCAGAGGAAGCGCUAACGGAACGCAAUGCGGUCUUUGCGCGGUCGUUGCUGCACUUUUUCGAAGGGCGAUGUGUAUCGCCGGUAGUAGACGAGGUUCUGGCGAAUCUUGUUACCAAGAACUCGCUACCGAUCUUCAUCAAGAAUUAUGUUCUUCCUCGACGAAAACAACGACGACGACGGCAACAACAACGACCGCUACUACUACGUCGACAACGACGAGUACGAGUACGACAAAAAGCAAAACGACCAGAACAACGGCUGUUACAACAGCCAGCAUCACGGCAAAAGCUAUUACUACUACUACAACUACUACUACUACUACCACUACUAACACCACCACCGCCGCCACCGCCGCCGUCGCUGCCGCCGCCGCCGCCACCGCCGUCGCUGCUACUACGAUUGCUACGUCUUCUACGACGCAUCCUUGUCAUCCUCGACGACGAAGCUCGCCGACGGAGACGGCAUGUAUCGUCAAGGUCGACGAGAUCGUCGCCUGUGUUAAGGAGGCCGUGCAAGCGCAUGAGAGGCGGUCUGCCGAAAUAACGGUGAAUAGCGAUGAACAGAAUGCAGUGUUCGUGCGAAUCACCGAAGAUGCCACCUUACCAACAACCAUUGAGCCGCCCAAUGAUGAUGCCACUUUAUUAUCUGAGAAACCGGAAGCAGCAUCCACGAGACGUUUGUCGGACGUCGACCGAAUCUUAUUGGAUAGCUUGGAUGUUACACGAUCCAGGAUAAAACGUACCGGCAAAUUUUUAACGAUGCAUAAAAGACGACGUAAAAGGCUCGUUACAAGAUCUCUCAAUCAAGAACCGGCUAUAUUGGAUGACAUUUUUCAUGGUUUAGUACAGUGUAUUUUGCAAAAAGCCGGAAACUGGCGAUUUAACGCUUUCACGUUGGAAACAGUGACGGGUGGACGUUCUUUGCCAGUAUUAUGCGUUCAUCUAUUUCAUUGGUACGGGCUCCUUGAAUAUUUUAAUUUAGAUGUCGUUACGGUGUGGAAACUCUUCGCUUUUAUCGAAGAGGGUUAUCACAGUACAAAUCCUUACCACAACAGUAUACACGCAACGGAUGUGACUCAGGCGAUGCAUUGUUUCCUCCAAGAGGAAAAAAUCAGAACGCACUUAACCCAUUUAGAAAUUAUGGCUUCCUUGAUAGCUGCGGUAACGCACGAUUUGGAUCACCCAGGUGUUAAUCAACCGUUCCUAGUCGCAACGAGUAAUCAUCUAGCUGCAUUAUAUCAGAAUACGUCGGUUCUGGAGAAUCAUCACUGGAGGUCCGCCAUCGGAUGUCUUAUAGAAAGCGGUGUUUACGAUCAAUUACCAGGUGAAGUAAGAUCGGAACUUCAACGUCAUAUCAGUUCGUUGAUUUUGGCUACGGAUAUCACGAGGCAACAGGAGUUCCUUACAAGUUUCAGGCAUUAUCUGGAUGAAAAUAUUCUUGAUAUGAAGAAAUGCGAGGAUCGUCACUUCAUAUUGCAGAUAGCUUUAAAAUGUGCCGAUAUAUCGAAUCCAUGUAGGCCCUGGGAUAUAUCCAGAAAAUGGUCUUACAAAGUCUGCGAAGAAUUCUUUCGACAAGGUGAUUACGAACGUCGCCUGAAUUUACCAGUAACGCCAUUGUGUGAUCGACACUCGACGAGUAUUCCAAAGAUUCAAGCUGGAUUUUUCAAAUUCGUCGUUACACCACUUUACGAAGAAUGGCAUCGUUUUCUUGGUGACGGUUUAAGCGUUUCCUUGAUGGAAUACUUACGUAGUAAUCAGAAAAAAUGGGAAACUCUUAUAGCCCAAGAAACGGCCGAAGAUACGGAAACAGAAAUUUCGGAAUUAGAGGAAAUAGAUAUUAGUUCUGCGGAAGAAAUCCCCGCGGAUGAUGAUUCAGGAAGCGUAGAUAUAUUGAUUCCAGCGGCAUACAUGCAAAGUGCUAAAAGGUCCAGUUUACCAGGAAAAACGAUGUUCGGUCGAGUCGGUAGACGUCAUUCCGUACCGCUUAGCGUAACGAAACCGUUAUCGUUAUCGAUUCGAAAUGCAGAUAGAAGAGAUAGUUUUCCAAACGAACAGGGUAAAUCGAAGAAUCAUUCGAUCAAAUUGAAGGAACAGAAUCUUUUGGAACUAAGUACGUUGUCAUUGUUAUCUUCUAAAACGAGUAUUCCCGGAGAAUCGUCGGAAAAAUCAACAGUCGUCGCUGAGAGACCGGUCAGCGCUGAGAAUCUUUUACCAGAGCCUAGUAUAGCUAGUAUAACCAAUAGUACCGAAGCAUCGAGAUUAAGUACGGUCCUUCAGUCAGACAAUCAGAAAGCUGGUACGCAAACGAAACAAUUAACGAGACAACAAACCUUCCCGCCGUUGCAACCUUACGCCAGAAUGAGAUAUAUGUCGACAACGACAGAAUUGUCUCAAUGUUACACCCAGGUUUUAAUGGAGGCCGAUAGUAUUUCCAGUUCUUCUUCGAGUCCUACGAAAGAUAAAUCUUGUUCCGGUGGUCGUUGUGGAACACCUCCCAUGUUAGAAACGGAUACAAUUUUCCUUAAGAAACCAGCUAACAUUAAGUCAUCGAGGGAAUCUCUUUCAUCCGACAUAUUAUGCAGAAAAAGAACGUCCACUUUCGCGGAAUUAAAUAGACAAAAAUUAGAGUCCAGUCUUAGCGCUGAACAUCCACGGCGUCACUCCAUGCAAGUCGUUCGUAACGACGAAGCUAAUUCGAAGCAUCGACAUAAACGACCAUCUUCGGCUCAGGGAUCUGACUCUACCGAAGUUUUUUAUGCUUCUUUAACUGGUUCCCACAGCAAUAAGAAUUCGACUAGUGAUAUACAAAAGGUAGAAUCCAACAUCGAGAUUAAACCUAGUUCGACCAAGUUACCGUCUGAUGAAAUACGAACUAUUUUGGCAAGCAAAGUAUCGGAACAGUAUACGUUAGCCCAUCAUAUUAAAAUUAAGAACACGGAUUCGGAAUUACGUAGAUAUUCAACGCCUGUAACCGAAUCCAAACCGUUGACUGACAAUACCGGUAGACGAUUCACUACGAUACCUGUGUCUUCUGAACUUAGCACUCAUAAAUUUUUCAUCGGCAGUCCUCCCGAUUCUCCUCCACGGGUUCAAAGUGUAUCCUCAUCGAGCGAUAGUGGUAGUGAACCGAGAAGAAGUAUCGGUGAUUCGACUGGUGAAAGUGUAAUCGCAACUAAUAAAAAGGAUUCUGAUUAUGUGAGGGAAAAAGUUUUCAAGAUCGCCAAGCUAAGUUUUGAUGUGCAAAUGAAAGAGAACGUCGAUCCACGAAGCUUCGAGGAAUCCACUAAAAAUAUUGCUUUAUCUCGAAGAAAUAGUCAGGGCUGGGAAAAGAGACGUGGAUCGGCUCCAGUUGCGUUAUUAUCAAGACUAGAUGAUUUUACAAUGACUUCUAUGCCACAAAAAGUAGACCAUAAUUGCAGACGUGGUUCCGUACCAGCCGACAUUACUAGGCAUCAAGAUAAUUUAACAAAAGGAGGAUUCAAUCGUUUAGCAUUGGGACCACGAGAAGAAAAUCUUCCCGCACCCAGAAGAGCUAGUCUUCCGCAGGAAGCUGCAUUGAGGAAUAUUCUUGGCAAUAUGUUUUCUUUACCCAAUGAAAGAGAAAAUUUCCCAUUGAUCAAUAACAAUAAUAACAAUAACAAUAAUACAGAAAGUAGUAACAAUAAUGGAACGAACAGAGCAUUUGAUAGUACUGCUUCUGCUGGUAUGCCAUCACCUAGGAGAGGUUCCAUACCAGCAGAUAUAUCCGAGUUACGACGAGAAUUAUUUAGCAAGAGUAAUGUCAAUGGGAAACCUCGUAACCGGAAGAAAGUCUUAAAGAGAAGAAGUAGCGGUGGACCAGAGAUGUUCGCAGGAGGUAUCGUCGAAGGAAAUGACAUUGGAACGUCCCAUAAAUGGAAGAGAGAACUUGGAAAGAGAGAUUCUAUUCCUGAACCACUCGUAAAACGACGAGGUUCUCUGCCUAUAGAGAUGGUUGCCGCUUCUCAUGCUGGUCGGUACAACCAUAGAUAGAGGGAGAGAAAGAGAGAGAGAGAAAGAGAGAGAGAGAGAGAGAGAGAGAGAGAGAGAGAGAGAGAGAGAGAGAGAGAGAGAGAGAGAGAGAAUAUGUUCUCACUAAGAAAACAGUGGUAACAUAAUGUGCGUGCCACAUUAAUUUGUGCCAUACGUCAAAUUUUGUUAAGAUACGCUAUAUGAAUCUGGCGAAAAAACUUAGUGCACCCGCGCAGCUCAAGUCAAAUAUGAUAUGCUCGUGUGUUUACUAAGGAUUUAAAAUAAAAUUAUACACAGUCAUACACAGGGUUCAAUAUGACGAUUUUAAUAAUAAAAAGCCUAGAUAUGGAGAAGAAGAAAAGACUGGUAGAGAAACUCUCGACGCUAUAGAAAUAGACGAUUAAAGAAAGAUUUAGAUUGAGAAAAGCGAAGCGCGAUAUCUUCGUUCAUUAUAGUUAGAUAACUUUUAAUUAUAAAAAAAAAUAAUAAUUCUGCAAAAAGCCGAGUAAUAUUAUUCAUAUUCAUGAUUAGUUCGAAUAAUUAAUUUAAUUACUUCAUUUAAUUCUUUGGCGAGAUUCGAAAUUAUAAAUUCUUUCACUAUUAAUAUAUAUAUGUAUAUUAAAAUUAAAUCACGCACGAGAGGCAAGUUCAUCUUAUUUCUUAUAAUUGAAAGGUAGCAUCUAACAUAAAAAAUAAAAGAAACAAGCUAUUUGAGCUGGUUUUAAUAGGCAUAUACUCAACUUGGGAAAAAAAUUUCCUUUUAUCAUCCAAAUGAUGAAAAUAGAAAAGGUGGUAGACAUUCCGCUGGAAGUAUACAUUGUUCCGAGGUAGUAUACAUUGUAAAAAGUAUAUUUAAGAGUCAACUAUGCUAAUUAUUAGCUAUAACUAUACUACAUUAUCUUCAUUGAUUUCAUCAUUUUCAUUGUCAUAGUUUCAUCAUUAUUGUAAUUACAGACAGUAUCUUGAAGAUGUUCGUGUAGAUAGAUAUUUGAAGUAUAGAUUAUAGUGAGACAGAUAUGAUUCAUCUUAACAUUAAUUAGCAAAUUAUUGUUUUGAUGAUUUCUUAGCAAUAAAAAAAAGAAAAUGUUAUCAAUGUUAAAUCUGCAGUACAUGAAUUAAGUAUAAUAUAUGACAAGCAAAAUGUUUGUAAAAUUGACCUUGAAGCAUUAAAUUUUUUAGUACAAAUUACAUUAACCAUAGCAUGAUGAAAUUACAGUUAAAUUGCCCUUAUAUACCUAUGUGUCUGCAUAAGAUUAUUUUAGAAAUUUUUUUAUUAACAAUGGUUAAUAUAACUAUUAUAUAGUGUAGCUGUUAUAAACAAUCAUGAGUAAACAAAAAUUACACCAAAGAGAACUUGAACUCUCUUCGUGUACUGCUAUAACCUGCCAUUCUUCGAAUUGUCUGAAAGUAAAGUAACUAUACUAUUACAUCACUGAAAUUCAGUGAAAUACAUUUUAUGAAUUAAUGACUAAUCAAACUAAUAAUUGCUAUAAUCAUUGACCUAUACAAUAAGUAGAAUAUCCAUUUCCCAAAAUAAAAUCUUACAAGGCUUAGCUGAUCUUCUCUAAUAAAAUGUUCAUUCUGUUUUGAUGCAAAGUCUGCUAAUGCUUUUGAUGUACCUUACCUUAGAUGCAAAAAGUUCAUGUUAUUAGAAAAAAUGACUACAUUUUAUUGGAAUAAAUUUCUUUUGAUAUAUCCUUGCUUGCUCUCAUAUAGACUUUUAAUUUUUUCAUUGUUAAUGCAGCAUGGUCAGACAUUGCAUCAAUGAAUGAUAACAGUAACACACAUUAACAUUUAAAUAUACUAUAAUACUACUAGUCUUUCAAAUAUCGAACUAACAUUAUAUGUAUAUGAUAUACAUGAAGAAAGCAAGAGAAAGCAUGGAUAAAAAUUUCAUUGAAAAAAAUUCAUUUUCUAACUCUUAAGAUAUUUGUCUUAACCAAUAGACCAAUGAAAUGGGACUAACCAAAAAUUCAUUGUGGAAAUAAUUAAUUAAAGAUGCCUGGAGUAAAUAUGAGAUCUAUACAUGACCACCAUUCUGUCCAAUUACUACUUUUUGAAAAUUUUAUGCCAUAUAGAUAUACAAAUUACCCUUUAUGGUAUAUAAUUAUCUUCCCAUUUCAGCAUCACAUAACAAAUUUCAUAAGGAAGAAAAUGCCAAGAAUUUCUUUUAUUACCAAAAAAAAAAAAAAAGCAUUGUGCACACCAUUUUCUAUGAUCAAAUCAUAAUAAAUUGUGUCAUGCAUAUGCAAAGACAUAUGCAUACAAUAUGUUUUAUUUAUAAUUACAAAUUUGGUAUAACCCUUUACAUUUAUAUAAAUAAUUUAUGUCAAAUGUAUCGUGUCCAUCCUUAUUAUAAAAUUAUAUAAACAUGUGAAUAUUACCAUUACAAUAAUGAAUUUUGUAUACAACAGUGCACAUAAAUUUUACAAUUCGAAAAAUAGCAUUAUCUAUGUUUCAUUGUUCAAGUGUUCCGACUAAUUGCUAUCAAAUAAUAAUCUUGUUUCCUGUAAUUUUCUUGUCAAAGAAUGAUCAUUUAGUUAUAUAAGAUAGUUUAAUCAUAUUGCUGGAUCAAACUUUCAGCAAAUGUUUUGUGAAGACUGUAUACGAUACUGAGUAAAUGCAUAUAAGUUCUAAAUUAA